GCAUGCGCAGAAAAUCACGAAUGUAAACGAUAACAUUCAACUGGUAUAUACCUUUGCAAGGUACAUAGCUUAUCUGGGAAAGCGAAAUUGGGUUAUGAAUUAGCACAUAAUAUAUCUAGUAUCUAGUAUUCACACGACGUAGCCAAUGUUAGUGUUCAAAACUUAAAUAAACACUUUCAAACAACGCAUAAAAGCAAUUUAACAAUCGAACUACGAUGUCGUUUAACGUGGAGGAAUUUAUUAACGUUUACAAACCUAACAAGGAAACUGUGGAUUAUUUGCGAGCUAAAUACACGGGCGACUUUAAAGCGUUCGACGAUGACGUUGAAGCAGCCAGACAAGCCGCUGUGGACACGGCUACGAAGUUCGCAGGGACGGCCACUCUUGAUGGGAAAGAGACGGAACUAUUUGUACCCUCGGAACAUGUGCCGGAUGGCAUUCCAGUGACAGUAUAUACACCGGAAGUGUGUCGACAGCAAGGGGCGCCUCCUACAAUCUUGGUUUACUUUCAUGGAGGUGGGAACGUGACGAAAGACCGGAAAACACAAGCAACCAUGGCAAUCCGACUGGCAACAAUGGUUCCAUGUAUACUUGUUGACGUGGAAUACCGAAGGUCUCCGGAGCACAAAUUUCCGGCAAGUAAUGAAGACGCAAAGAGCGUAGUGGCGUGGGUGGCUGCAAAUAAAGUAUCGCUAGGUGGCGCUUCUUCCAGUAAAAUCGGCGUUUCCGGCGAUAGUAACGGCGGAAGGCUAGCUGCUGUCAUGUGCUACGAUCUUCCAAGAGUCGUUGAUUUUGCAGUACUUACCUACCCUAAAGUAUCGUACCAAGACUACCCAUCUUGCGAUGAAUUUAAGAACGGGCCUCAUCUGCCUAAAGUUCGCAUGGAUUGGUUUUCCAGACUUACGCUUACUGAAGACGACUACCGAAACCCCCGGGCCUCUGUUGUUUUGCAGCCGGACCACAGCGUCAUGCCACCGACCCUGGUGCUUGUAGCGGAACUGGAUCCCCUGAGGGACGGAGCACUUGAUUACGUGAAGAUAUUGACAGCCGCCGGUGUUGACGUCGAGAUGGAGCUGAUUAAAGGGGUACCACACACCUUCUGGACUUUACCAGGAGCCUUCAAAGAGAACUGUCAGCGUUCAUACGAGCGUGUAGCGGCAUUCAUCCGAAAACAAUCCUUGUGAACCGGGUGGGACGAUUUUUGUGUUUCUUUAACUCACUCUCAUUUGUAUAUUUGUAAAAACAUCUUCCUGAUAUUUGAUACUGACUAAUUUUUUUAUCCUUACAUGUACACAUGUAUUUGAACAAAAGUUACAUACAAUUUAUUGCAUAGAAAUAAUCACGCGACUUGAUUAACUAAGAUUGUGAAAUGUUUUCUUAAGAUUUAAGAAAUAUAAGUAUACUACAUUUCCAAACUCAAGCCUGCAUUGCCUAAGUCAAUAAACGCCGGAAAAGGUGCUUUCAAUGCUUGAACCCAAGACCUCUGGCUGAAGAAGCCAGCCAUCAGACUUAAGGUGCCACGAAUAUAUUUUGAUGAAAAAUAAUUAUUAGAUUCGGAGAGAAAUUUAAUUUUGUUGUGGCAUUUCAAUCGCUAGUUAUUCAUUAAUUACACAUUCUGUCAACACAUACUGUUAUUUCAAUACUUGACAAACAUACGCAUUGAAGUUGCCCAUUGGAAAUCAGUGAUACAUUCUAAUUAUUUUUAUAUUUUUGUGUGAGUACGGAUCUUGCCUUGUUUGUUCUGACAGUAAGUAACUGCAAUUGUUUGUGUCUUUGCAUCAUUGAUCUUGUGUAUGCAAAUUUAAGACAGAAGAUCGAAUGCAACUAUGGUUGUUUCUAUAUAUGAGGUAGAGCUUACCGCGAUAUGCAAAUCCACGCAAACUCGAGAAGAUGCUAGAAAUUUCGAAAAAACGUAUAUUCGCCAUUGUGUUAUGUGUUUUUAACGUUUAUCAAUUUUCUUGAACAAAUAAUAAAUGAAUAGCGUUGAA